AUGGCAACCUUUCAUGUUCAAAACCUAAAUGCUUUGCUUGUUAAGUUUGAGGAGCAUAUCAACUACUAUGCAAGUAUUCGAAAAACUAGUGCUCCCGAUGUGUCAAGAAACAUCCAAAAAAUCCUUUCUUGGGAGAAAGGCGAGAGGAUAAAUGCACAGCAACAGCCCGAAGGGAACAAGAUCACUAAAGUUGAGAACGUCAUUGAAAAAUGUGUUGAUUUUCUGGAAAGUCUGAGUAGCGGAAACCCAGCACAGGUCAUGAAACAAUGUCUCAGCAUUGCAUCAUCUGUGACUGUUUUGGUGGGUGGACCGUACGGAGCUGCUGCCGUAGCCAUUUGUAGUAUACUUACAUCAAUUUUCUCUGCCAAUUCUCUGAAGGAGCCCGAUUUGAUGACCGUGUUUACAACUAUAGUUCACGCGGAGCUUCUGAAGUUUAAUGGGGAGUUAAAACGGCAGACCUUUGAAGGGCUGAAAUCUCGUGUAAAGAUCAUGAACGCCUGUUUGAAAGAACUUCUGGGGCCAUCGAAUCUCACUGAAUUACCCGAUAAAGCUCUUUACGAGACAGAUUUCCCUCAGUUCAUUGGUGAAGUCGCCUACAACUUUCUGAAAGGCCGUGAUAUGGAUAGCAAAGAAGAAGAGGUCAACAACUACCUCACGUCGAUGGUUAUUUAUUGUAACGCGCAAACAGCGCUGUUCCUUUUACUGACAAACAUUCUGGCAACUUUUCAAUCAACUGGUCGCGAGACAAACAUGAUCAAGAGGUUAAUGGAUACCCAAGUUCAGGACGCUCAAGAAAAACUUGGAUUCCUCUCGGAAGAGAAAUACUUGAGAAAGAGCGCUCUCUUCGCAAUCGGUGCACACACUGGUAAAUCUAUUACUGAAGAUGACCUACGUAAAGUGGUAAACAUUCGUCACUUUGGCAAGUGCCGUCAUCUCCCUGGUUAUGAUAUUAUCGAGGGGUUUAGAGGAGGCUUAGGAAUGCCAAAAAUUCCUGAGACCCUUGUGGAGCUAUUUCAAGGUGGUUCAGUACGUGGACCUAAAGGAAUAAUUCACCGCUACCCUCAACCUCAAACCAAGGGAGAUCAUCAUUACUUCCAACUCAUCAAUCAUUCACACGUACCUGUCCGGGUGGAGUGUGGCAUGGCAGGAAACGACGUGAAUCGGUUGAGAUUCUGUCAAAAUGUGCCGCCAUACUCCUCCUACGAACGUGUUGCCACUGAAUCAAUGUGGUGGACUUUUUCCACUGGCGGAGUGUUCACCAUGUAUUUGAGUGGUGAAAUUACAUCCUCUGAAACGCGGAACCUCAAGGUUUUCGAGUUUGCGUUGUCCAACCCAGUCGUAGGCCUCUGUGGAUCAGCUAUUUUAGAGAAAGACCCACAACUUUCUGUCCACACUGGUGAGGAUUGUUGGAAACAGAUGGGUUGUAAUCCCAGUCCGCCUAUUUAUUUUGAGCACUGUGACAAAUAUUAUGUGGUUCAUGGAGGACAUACUUGGUCAUUUUUAAGAGGAGGCGUUCUUGAUUUUCCUGGCAAGAAUGGAUGCCGAACAUGGCGGUUUGUGAUACAAGAAUACGACCCUCUCGAAGAUCUCGAGGCAGGUCCGUGA